AUGGAGCCUGGCGGGGACCACCGGAGCCGGAGCGGCGGCGGCAGGGGCGGCCCCGGGCCAGCAGCGGCCUCGGCACGGGGCCGACGGCUGCCGCCCGCCGGAUCGAGCGGCGGCGCGGAGCCCGAGGAGGACGACGGCGGGCAAGAUCUUCAGCUGGAAGGGGGUGCCUUGGGGACCUGGGGGAGUGCCCCCCUCCCCUCCUCCAGGGCCAGGGGACCAGCAUCCUCAGGCAGGAAAUACUCAGACCACUGUGAGGCCCGGGCCUCGAGGCCUGGAAAGAGCCGCAUCCCUGGCCGUGACCACCGGCGCUACUACCACGACCACUGGCGGCUGGAGUACCUGAUGGACUUCAACCCUGCCCGUCACGGCAUGGUGUGCAUGGUGUGCGGCAGCUCCCUGGCCACUCUCAAGCUCAGCACCAUCAAGCGACACAUCCGCCAAAAGCACCCCUACUCCCUGCAUUGGAGUCCCCGGGAGAAGGAAGUCAUCAGCAACAGCUGGGAUGCCCACUUGGGGCUGGGGGCCUGUGGAGAGGCUGAGGGCCUAGGGGCCCAGGGGGCUGAGGAGGAGGAGGAGGACGAGGAGGAAGAGGAGGAGGAAGGGGCCGGCCUCCAGGCUUGCCCUCCCAAGGGCCCAGGCAAAGCCCCAGCUGGUGGGGGCGGCCGGCGCCAGCGGCGAGGGGGCCCAGGGGCACCCCGGGCUCGGCGUCGGCGCCUGUCUGCCUCCCGGAGGGCUGGGGGCAGCAGGGGGCUGGGUGCCCGGCGCCUGGAGCGGAGGCUGAAGGAGUCCCUGCAGAACUGGUUCCGGGCAGAGUGUCUCAUGGACUAUGACCCGCGGGGGAACCGGCUGGUGUGCAUGGCCUGUGGCCGGGCACUACCCAGCUUGCACCUGGAUGACAUCCGUGCCCACGUGCUGGAGGUGCACCCCAGCUCCCUGGGGCUCAGCGGCCCCCAGCGCAGCGCCCUGCUGCAAGCCUGGGGUGGCCAGCCCGAGGCACUGUCUGAGCUCACCCAGUCCCCACCAGACGAUGACCUCGUCCCCCAGGACCUGACCAGAAAGAGCCGGGACUCGGCCCCCGCUGCUGGAGCCCCCUCCUCUCAGGAUCUCAGCCCCCCAGACGUAAAGGAAGAGGCUGGCUGGGUCCCUGAGAGGCCCGGGCCGGCAGAGGAGGAGGAGCUGGAGGAGGGCGAGAGGGUGGGGAUCCCGGGCCGGUCUCCGCGGGGCCGCGACCACCGCCGCCACUACCAGGAGCGCUGGCGGCUGGAGUACCUCAUGGAGUUGGACGGCGGCCGGCGCGGCCUGGUGUGCAUGGUGUGCGGGGGCGCGCUGGCCUCGCUCAAGAUGAGCACCAUCAAGCGGCACAUCCGCCAGCGCCACCCGGGCUCCACGCGCCUCAGCGGGCCAGUCAGGGCCCUCAUCGCCCAGGAGUGGAGCGAGAAGGCCGCCCACCUGCUGGCCUUGGGGCUGCCCUGCCCCGAGUCCCCCGGGGACCCUUCCGCCCCCAGCACAGCCGCAGCCUCCGAGGAGGGGGGAGGGGAAGAGGAGGAGGAGCCAGAGGAGGAGGAGGAGUGGUGGGGCGACGUCCGGCUCUCCCCUGGAGAACCGUCGGAGCGGCCCGCCGAGGAAGAGGAGGACGAUGAGGACGGCCCAGAGCCCGGGGGACUCGCUUUUCCACCACUGCCGCCGCCGCCGCCUCCCCCGCCGCCGCCUCCCCCGCCGCCGCCGCCGCCCCCCCGCAGCCGAGAGCAGCGGCGGAACUACCAGCCGCGCUGGCGGGGCGAGUACCUGAUGGACUACGACGGCAGCCGGCGCGGCCUGGUGUGCAUGGUGUGCGGGGGCGCGCUGGCCACGCUCAAGGUCAGCACCAUCAAGCGGCACAUUCUGCAGGUGCACCCCUUCUCCAUGGACUUCACGCCCGAGGAGCGCCAGACCAUCCUGGAGGCCUACGAGGAGGCGGCAUUACGCUGCUACGGCCACGAGGGCUUUGGACCGCCCGCCCCGGCGCCGCGCGACGGCGGCGCGGACCUCAAGGCGGGCGCCGUGUGUCGGGCGUAGAGGACUCGCAUUCGAGGGGCCGUGCCCGGCUGGCUGUCCGGCUGGGAGCCCCAGCUUCCCGCGGCCCUGGCCGCUGCCGCUGCCCCCCGCUGGCCGGGCCGGGCGGAGAUUCGGGAUUGGGUGGGGGUCUCCGGCUUGCGCUCGGUUCCAGAGAGUUCCCCAGGCUAGUCGCAGGAAUCGCGCUCUCUUCUCGGACCCGGAGCCCAGGCCCUCGCCGCUCAGGGCCCCAAGUUCCUGAGAAGCCACAGCGUUUGCACGGAGAGCUUCCGGGCCCCGGCCGCACCCGCGAGGCGAUCCUGUGACACGCCGGGACGGGGGCACCGACAGGCAGUAUUAGGGCCCCAAGUAGGUGGGGGAGGCAGAAAGGACGCACCAACCCCUUUUCACGGCCGGGGGUCCAGCUCUCAGAGUUGCACGUCGGCAGGCACGGCUCCCGGGUCGGGGCGGCUGCUGCCCAGUCGUUACUGGCUUUCUCGACCGCUCCGGGGCCUGGACUGCAGACGAGGGCCUUCCUCGGGAGGAGAGGUAACGGGGCUGGGGUGCCAGCCCGCCAGCCCUCGGUGAAGGCGCGUAGUACCGCGGGUGGUCGGACGGGGCGGUGGCCCGGGGCGGGGGCGGAGCUGGACCGGGCCCCGCCUGCUGUGCCUGUCUCCGGGGCGGGCUCUCCGGGGACCGCCCCACCCGCCUCCCCGGCCCCUACCAGGGCCGCCCGCACCGAGAUCUUGUAAAGGGAUUAGCACUUUUUUCCUUUGCUCCUCUCGUGCUCCGAAGGCCUCCGUUUACCCUGAGGCUCAGUCAGGCGCUCCUGCUUCAGCGCCCGUCAGUCCGACCCCGGGGCACUGGAGGUCCCGGCAGUUGGCGUUCUGUUCCUGUCCCCUUUUGUACGCGGUGGACGCGCCACCCGUUCUCAGCCCCCAGGGCCUGGGGCCGGGCCUCGGCCUUCGUUUCUCUUCCCCGCGGCAGCGUCAGGUCCUGAGGGGCCGGGAGUGGGCCCCACGAUCUCCCAGGCAGGUCCGAGAGGGAUGUGUAGAUUCAUUCUCCUGUGGAGAACAGGUGGCCCCAAGAUCAGGCCCUUUUUGCUCUUUGUAUUUUAUUUUGAAACUGUAUUUAAUGCUUUUAUAUGAGAGGGGGAGGGGCGGGAAGAGAGCUGUCCGUCACCCUUAUGUGCAAAUGUCUUAUUUAUUAUGCGUGUAUCAGAGAUAAGCUGUGAGGUGGUGGAGGAAGGACCUAAAGGGAGGAGGUGCGAGGAGGCGCGGCUGGGAGGACCCCAAACAUCAUAGACUAAUGUGUGCCUCACCGGGGCCCCUCCUUGGAGUCUCUGGCACCCACUGUCUGCUCUUCACAGAGGCCAGUUCCUUUGGUCUUUAAAGCCUGAGAGUGGGGAGGUCAGCGGGUUGGGACUUAAAGGCUGGGUCUGGAGGGGAAGGGGCCCUGGCACCUGGGGCCGGGAGCUGCCUCCGUGGGUGGGAAAAAUGACAGCAAAGAAGCCCUUCCUCUCAUCCCAGUACCCCAGGCCAGAGCCCAAGGUUCAAGUGCCUCAGGCCCAGUCCCCUUGACUCUUCCUGAUUGGGAAUUGAAUUUUAUACCACGGAUUUUAUAGCAUUUUUAUAUAAUUCAAGAUUGUCUGAGUUGGAAGGACCUUGGAGAUCUAGUACCUGCCCCCACCCCUUUCACAGAUAGGUAAAAUGAAGCCCGGAAGCUGAAAUUGUCACACACCAGGUAGGAAUAGUACCAGGACUAGAAUAAAAAUCUCAACUCCCAAUUCGUGUUCUUUGCACUACACUAUACGGCCUCCCAAUCUCUGGUAAGUUAAAAUUUCUUUUAUCGUUAUCGUUAGGCCUGCCAAAGGAUGACCUGUGCUGGGUGCUGUAGGCCCUCGGCGCAGUUGUGGCCUCCUGGGGAUGGCAAAGAACAGCACACCUCCUUGUAACGAAUGAGUAUUCUACAGGGCAGCCUUGCCACCAGUGGCUUCAGCUGGAGGGCGCCAGCAGCAGCCUUCUCCAUCAGAACUCCCGAAGUAGGGCCGACUGCCGCCUGGCCCAGGGCCUGUCUACUGGGCACGGCUCUGGUGUUGUGUUGUUGAUGCCACCAGGGGUUCAGGAAAUACUGCAUAUGGGCUGUCAGUUGACUGAAAAGUGAAUUCCUAGAGUGUCUGAACCUCCAGGUUUUUUGAGACAGUAUUAAAAGCUUCAGAACAGGGAUUAUGGAUGGCACCAGGUCGGACGCUGCCAUUCUUUUAUUUUCCUUCAUGCGUGUUGUUUUCAGAUCCAGAAGGAGUGUUUUGCCACUUCUGCUACUCUGCCUAUUCAAAAACAGUAGGCAAACUGGGGCAAUUAUUUAGUCAUCCAAGCCCUCUGCCGAAGUUCAGGUAAGCCAGGGCAGAGAGCAGGGUGGGAAUGGUUUUUCCCCUUGAUAGGGAGAGGACUUAGGAGGGCAGGAGUGGAUGUCUUUAUUAAGCAACAGCCCCAGGCACUCCACUGGUUCUCAAAAGUGGCCACCAGAACAGCAUCAUCCCAUUAGGAACUUAGUAGAAAGGCAAAUUCUUGGGCCCCACCUUGUAGAUCAGAAACUGGGGUGGAGCCCGGCAGUCCGUUUUGAAAAGCCCUCUAGUGAUCAUGAGGCAUGCUGAAGUUCUGAGCACCACUGAUCUAGAAAGUGCCACUGUAGUGAUUACUACUUUGCAGCCGUAGCCUCGUGAGUUAGGAGAUUAGGUGGGCCCCAUCUCUAGGUGCCUCCUCCUUGCCUUGGGAGUCUGAUAUGAACAGGUGAAGUUUCUUCAUGAAUUUUUUUGUUAAUGGUAUGCUUGCUAUUAUGGCCAAUAUGUAAAUGUUACUCUGAAUACAUAUUUAUAUAUCAUGUUAGUGAUAUUAUUUGAACAUUUGUAUGCGUAUUUGUGAAGUUGUUUGCAUCAGUUAUUUUUUAAAAAUUUCAGCCUAAGUUUUCUAAGAGGUAUGGUGAAUAAAUUUUAAAAAUCCAGCUUAAGGGUCAUGGCAGCCUUAGUUUUGAGAAAGAGCUAAUCCAAGACAAGUUCUUUCAGCAAAAACCUGAUGGAAAAGUUUCCAUUUGCCAUGGUGAUUGACUCUCAUUUUAAGUACAUUGUGACUGAGUUAUAGGCUGCUUCAUGUUGCAGGUGGGGGAACCUUCCUAGGUUGGUGUAAACUGGGACAACAGACCCCUCUGGCCCCCUUCCACUCAUCGUCUUUCUCCUAAGGUCAUCUCUUAGAGGGUCUCUUAUUUUCUUUCAGAAACCAAAUGCACAGUUUUGCUCUACUAUGGGAAUUCUACAGUCUUGGAAAUCAUUACCAGUAUCAACUAUUAGUUGCUUUUUAAAACCUCAAAAGUGGAGUGGGGAUGGGGGCCAGUGGAAGCCUUGUUUGGUUCUUACUUUACCCAAAAUGUGUAUAAAGAAUAAAGUUAGCAGAAUGACACCACAGUCACUGUGUUCUUUUUUUUAUUAUUAUUUUUAUUAAUACCACAUCAAUUUGCAGUUUUACAGGAACCAAGAUUCAAGCUCCUUAGGCGCUACUGUACUUUUAUGUUGCACGCACAUACACGCACACACAAUUUCAUUAGUAAUUUUUCACCUACAGAUUUUCCUUAAAAAAACAAAAUUCUUGUGUGGCACAAAGAUCUGUCCAAAUUAAUCUAAACACAGCACUAACAAAACAAGAGCUAGGUGUGGAGGCUUCCAGUGCAGAAAAAGGUCCUUUGGAGGAGAAGCCCAAAAAGAUGAUCAGUACACUUACUUCCUGGGAGGGCAAAGGAUGGGGAUGGAGAAUGCACUCCCUACUAUGACAUGAAAUCAGUUAAACAUUUCAAAAGGAAAGGGGGCUAAGAAAAUAAGAGUGGAGUAAGGCAAGGGUACCUUUUACCCAUCUAAAUUCCUAAGUAAUUUCCUCAACAAAGCAGAAGGAAAACUUCCUUCCACCACCUUCUACGGAGCUGCACUACUUUGGGACUGUCAAAGACCGUAGCCUUUAAAGUCACCAGUGCAUAUUCCCUCUGGAUUAUCACGACUAUGAGUUACAACCUGAAGGAACUCACAGAUGAUUUUCUUUCAAAUUUACUGAAUUUUCCUGUUGGAAAGGGAGGAAGACACUUAUAAGUCUCAAAUGGGAAUCAAAGAUUCCGAAACGCCCUCCAUCUGAUGUCAACGUGAAUUGUUUUGUUGUCUUUUAAUGUGCACGGAGCCUGUCAACACAAUCUGGCCCUGCCUGAUCACCCUUACCUAAAGCUUCUUGGAAAACACUCUCAAAAGGUACCCUGUACCAUGGUAGAGGUGCCAAGACAUUUUAUGUGCCUGAAAAUGAAAGGAACCCUCAAACAACACACACCCAAUAAGCUAGCCUCCAA